AGUUAAAUAAUGAUAAAUAAUUCAACACUGUAUUUUCAAAGAAGUUUUAGUGUUUCUUCAUUAACCACUGGUGUUUCAAUUACAUUGGUCGGAUGUUUAAUACUAAUUGUAACUAUUAGUAUUCCCCUCAACACAGUUUUAAUACUUGUUAUUUUGUCUGAAAAAAAACUGCGCACCGCAACAAACAUGUACAUCAUCAAUUUAACAAUAUGUGACGUACUUAUUGCAACUGCAGUCAUACCAUUUGAUGUUGAUUUCAUACUAAGAGGAUACUACCCAUAUGGAAUAGUAUUAUGUGGUAUCAAAGAAUUAUUGUUUUUGUUUUCUCUCCCUUCUAAUGUUUUAAAUCUAUUUUUGUUGACGUUCAAAAAAUUUACAUCGGUAUACUUUCCUUAUAAACGAGCUCAAUAUUUUUCAAAACGUUCCGUGGCAAUCUCGAUCUUAUUAACCUGGAUGUACACUAUAAAUGUGAGCUUGUUCCCUAUUUAUAUUAAAGGACCUUCAGCUAUAAGUAUUGUUAAGAAGAUUUGUCAAAUAAAAUUUUCAAUUGAAUUUGCAAUUUUUCUAAUAUUGGUUAACUUUCUUUUCCCAAUAAUAUUAAUGGCUAUCUUAAAUUUUUUAUUAUUUCUAAAAGCUCGAAAGCUUAACCAAAAACCACAAAAGCAAUCAAGUAUUAUCAAAAGAAAUUCAAAAAUUACAAAAGGAAUUUUAAUACUACUUGGAAACACAUUUAUUUGCUGGAUUAGUUUUAUCGCAAUAGCCACAUCAAAUCUGUUGUGCGGGGGAUGUCAUUCAAGAAAGUUAAUCUGGUUCAGCAACGUUGUAAAUUACGCAAACAUCGUAUUUAAUCCGUUAAUCUACGGAUUGCUUAGCGAAUCCCUACGUAAAACUAUUUUUAAGAAAAUGCACAAGCUUUUUAAUGGAUCUAGCAAUAUGAAUUAAGACACAAACAUAUUAAGUUCAAAACAUCUAAUGACAAUUGUUUAUGAAUGUGUUUAUCUUUUAACGAAAUCAGAAGCUUUUGAAAGAUUCUAAACAAUAAAAAACAAUGAAAUUGACUGUUGAAUUUUUUAUACUGUGAAUAUAAUGAUGACAACAAUCCUUUGUUGAUGACAAGACUAUAACCUUGACGGCAUCACUACUUUGUUGAUCAUAACAAUAUUAUGCUACUACUACAUUAUUAUGACAGCACCACAAUGUUAUUAUGACGGUAAUACUAUGGUGAUGACAACAAUAUUAUGCUGACAAAAGCAAUAUUAUGCUGAUUGCAACAAAUAUUAUGUUAAUUGGAGCACUAAUAUAUGGAAGACAAUACUACUAUACUAAUGACAGCUACGUAAUAUUGAUGACAACAGUAUCACUUUAAUGAUAACAGCAUUAUGUUAAUGCUAAUAAUAUAAUGUACGUGACAACAAUAUUAUGUUUAUGAUAAUGCUGUUAUCCUAGCGGGUUUAGACGUUCUUAAAACGUCUAUACGACGUUUUAUAUACGUCACAACUAUAAAGGACGUCCUUUAGACAUUUAACAAACCUUCUGUGCCCACUGGGAUGUUGAUGACAACUAUUAUGUUUAAGACAACAACAUUAUAUUGCUGAUAACAGUAUUUUACCAAUGACAACGGAAAUAAAAAAGAUAAUACAUCCUGCUUGAAUGUUUUAUUUUUGUUUUUAACAAAG